AUGGACAACGUCUUCGAGCAAUGUGGCCACCAAGGACCAUACCAUGGCCGUUUAUCACCAGCAAUAUUGUCUUUCUCUUCGAUAAUAUCAACGGUCGGUUGCUCGUCCCACCUAGGUUCAACGUCUCAACGUUCUGCUGUGCGCAUCCCCUUCGUCAGCCACCGCAUUCGUCCCGGCAACAUGGAUAGAGAGCAACACUGCAUGCGAAUACGGCAGAUCCGUCGCUCCGAGGCCAUCUCGUGUGACUGCAAGUUUGAAGGACUAGCAAUGGCCUGGCUCCCACCUCACGACAGUGAGGAAGAGUUGGCCGAGAAAUCCAAUACCGUAGGCGACCGGCCCAACGGUACUUGGAUUUACUACGCGAAUAGCAAGCGCAUCUACCCCUAUGGAUGGAAUUGA